GGGGGGUUUUAGGGGGCGGGUGCCUGUCUGGUGGGUGGCAGAGUUCAGCUCCCUGGAGGGGAAGGAGGGUCGUCCCAAGGCAGGGUCUUUGAGAAAAGAGUGGGGGGCGACAUCAGGAGGAGGCUCCCAGGGGCGCUCUCAGGGGAACGAAGGUUCUGGGGGGGACAGUUGGGGUCUCCAGUAGGUAGACCGCUGUGCAGACUGAGCGAGGUACUUCUUGGCACAAGGCCUUGGGUAGGCAGGGGGCGAAGUCCUAGCAGAAGUGUGGAGGGGAGGCUGGAGGAAGUGGCUGGGCCUGAACUGGCACUGUGCCUGACACAAGGGCCCGUGCAUCCCCCCUGUCCUCAGCCUACCUCCUGAAGCCCCUGCCCGGGGGCGGGGACUCUCCUCUUCUCCCAACUGUUCUGUUCUCUGACCCCUGGUUACCUGUGGCCGGGAAAGGAAGACCCAGUGCCUGAGCCUAGGAGUGGAAGCCAAACCCGGGGGAUAGGAUUGAUCUUAGUUCUGGGAAUCAAAUGUAUUUCCCUUGUAUGCAGAUACGGGGUGACACUAGGCUUCUGCUACUGUAUCUUUCCCUUCUUGAAUUGUCGGGUGGUCAGGGGUGUGCCUGCCUUCCAGACCCACUGCCGACAAAGAAUUCCUGAGGUUCUUCACAGUCCUCUGGCGACUGCACCCUGACUGGCCCCUGUAACCUAGAGAAUUUGUUUACAGAAAGUUCAGGAGCCCUGGAAAGGAGAAGGAAUAAGACGACAGGAGGAGGAAGAGAGAGAGAGGGUAGAAUGGAAGAAUCUCACUUCAAUUCUAACCCAUACUUCUGGCCUUCCAUCCCCACGGUCUCAGGACAGAUUGAGAACACAAUGUUCAUCAACAAGAUGAAGGAUCAGCUGUUGCCGGAGAAGGGCUGCGGGCUGGCUCCGCCUCACUAUCCCACCUUGCUGACGGUGCCUGCCUCGGUGUCCUUGCCCUCGGGCAUCAGUAUGGAGACAGAGUCCAAGUCAGACCAGCUGACUCCACACAGUCAGGCGUCCGUGACCCAGAACAUCACGGUGGUCCCUGUGCCGUCUACAGGACUCAUGACUGCUGGUCCGGGUUUGGUAAUCACGUCCCCCUCAGGCUCUCUUGUGACCACAGCCUCAUCAGCUCAGACCUUCCCCAUUUCGGCUCCCAUGAUUGUCUCAGCUCUUCCCCCUGGCUCACAAGCCCUGCAGGUGGUCCCUGAUCUCUCCAAGAAGGUAGCAUCAACCCUAACAGAGGAAGGAGGUGGAGGCGGAGGUGGAGGUGGCAGUGUGGCUCCCAAGCCCCCCCGGGGUCGAAAGAAGAAGCGGAUGCUGGAGUCGGGGUUGCCUGAGAUGAAUGACCCUUAUGUCCUCUCCCCUGAGGAUGACGAUGACCAUCAGAAGGACGGCAAGACCUACAGGAGCGAAGGGAACUGCGGCACAGGAAAUGGACAGAGCCUUGGGCUCAUGGAUUCAGUUCCUGGCUCCACCACGAACUUGCUGUGUGACCCUGGGUGCCGGAUGUGCUCCCUGACAUUCUACUCAAAGUCGGAGAUGCAGAUCCACUCCAAGUCACACACCGAGACCAAGCCCCACAAGUGCCCACAUUGUUCCAAGACCUUCGCCAACAGCUCCUACCUGGCCCAGCAUAUCCGUAUCCACUCAGGGGCUAAACCCUACAGUUGUAACUUCUGUGAGAAAUCCUUCCGCCAGCUCUCUCACCUUCAGCAGCACACCCGGAUCCACUCCAAGAUGCACACGGAGACCAUCAAGCCCCACAAGUGCCCGCACUGCUCCAAGACCUUCGCCAACACCUCCUACCUGGCCCAGCACCUCCGUAUCCACUCGGGGGCCAAGCCCUACAACUGUUCCUACUGCCAGAAGGCCUUCCGCCAGCUCUCCCACCUCCAGCAGCACACACGAAUCCACACCGGUGAUAGGCCGUACAAAUGUGCACACCCAGGCUGUGAGAAAGCCUUCACACAGCUCUCCAACCUACAGUCCCACAGACGGCAACACAACAAAGAUAAACCUUUCAAGUGCCACAACUGUCAUCGGGCGUACACAGAUGCAGCCUCACUAGAGGUCCACCUAUCUACGCAUACAGUGAAGCACGCCAAGGUGUACACCUGCACUAUCUGUAGCCGGGCGUAUACAUCAGAAACAUACCUUAUGAAACACAUGCGCAAACACAACCCUCCUGAUCUCCAGCAGCAAGUGCAGGCGGCAGCGGCGGCAGCAGCAGUAGCCCAGGCUCAGGCCCAGGCCCAGGCCCAGGCACAAGCCCAGGCCCAGGCACAAGCCCAGGCCCAGGCCCAGGCCUCCCAGGCAUCGCAGCAGCAGCAACAACAGCAACAGCAGCAGCAGCAACAGCAGCAGCCACAACCACCACACUUCCAGUCUCCUGGGGCAGCCCCCCAGGGUGGGGGUGGUGGGGACAGCAACCCUAACCCUCCACCCCAGUGUUCAUUUGACCUGACCCCCUAUAAGACGGCGGAGCAUCAUAAGGACAUCUGCCUCACUGUCACCACCAGCACCAUCCAGGUGGAGCACCUGGCCAGCUCCUAGAGAUCCGUGCUGCCGCCCACUGGGAAGAGGAGGAGGAAGCUCUGGUCCCUGCUUUCUCCAACUCCUCUUGGUAGAAAAAGUCCUCUUCUUCUUGACAAGCCUUGGCUACGUCUCCUUGGGCCUCAGGCACGGCUUUUUCAUCAUAAGACAUCAUCCUUAUUCUCUACUCUUCAAAAGGAACAUCAGCCUUCCUGAUUGGCAAAGGAAUACUGAGCUGAUGGUGAAUCCAGCAGCUUCCCCUCCCAAGCAAAGCUUUUAAAUUGGGGGUUGGUGCUCAAGGGAAGGAUUUGCUAUGACCUCAAAAGAACUUGCCCUUUGUGGGUAUUUGCCCUCUCCUCACCCUCCUCAUCCUCAAAAUUUGGGCUGAUGUGGACUAGAGGCUGGCCCUUCCUGAUCACAGAGAAGAGGGAGCCCUAGCUGCAACCAGCCUCCUGUUCUGUCCUUGCCGGCAAAAGAACAGAGGCUUUUCAUGUGCCCGAAUCCCUGAGGGCAUUCUCUUCCUUCCAUGAUCUCACUUCACGAUUUGGGGGGGGAAUUAGACCUUUUCUUUCUAAGGGGGCAGGGGCUGAGAUGUGGUCUCCAAGGGGCCAGACGUGAAGGGUGGCUUGGAAGUGUGGGUUAUGGUUUUCCUUGGAGCCUCUCCCCAUUCUCAGCCAGCCAAGGCCCUAUACACUCAGUCUACCUAUCCCAAACCCCAAGGAGCUGUGGGAUUUUGUGUUCUCUGAAACUCCAAAACAAAGGGUGUUGCAGAGAAGGGGAGAGACAGGGCAAACACACGGACUGGACUUAGCUCCCCAGGUGCCAUGGUCAGAUGCCGGACACGGAUUUAUAUAUAAAUAUAUAUAUAAAUAUAUAUAUAUACCCACUCAUCACGGCCAUCUUUGUUGUAACCAUUUCUGUGUUUAUAAAUGCAUUAUCUCUGAGAAUUUUCAUAUUUGA